AUGUCAGCUGGUUCAGUUCGAGCGCCUCUUGUUAUACCCCUGCGACUCCCCACCGAGGGUCAGCCCAGGAACGCGAUCGACAAUGCCACUUUAAUAGAACUGUCCUCCGAUACACCAUCAGCACGGAUUUACUUUACUAUCGAUGGAUCUAGACCAGAUCCCAUUGCUUGGAAGCCACGCCAACCACAACCGGGACCCACCUACCUCUUCCGAGAACCCUUCACUCUUCCACCAGGAACAAAGAUGAUCAAGGCAGUGGCCGUGCACCCAAGCACGAACCAAGAAAGUAAUGUUGUGACGAAAACCUUUGAAGUUCUAUCGGUUCCAGAACAGCAUCACAUUGACAAGACUGAUACCGGCCCCGGUCAAGAUGAUUAUGAUUUCAUAAAAGAACUGAAAACCGAGAGGGCAUUAGUCAGACAAGCGUCGAGUGGCAUUACUCCGCGUUCUUCCAGCAGCGCACGACAACGAAAACCCACAAAUAAUGGCUCUCGACCAACAGGCUUGAAGCAUCCGAUACCUAAACAACGGGGCAAAGGUGAAUCGGAGGAAAAGGAGACAUUGGCCGCUCACCGACUCUCAUGGAAGUCGUCUGCCUCAGAUUCGUCCGACGACAAAAGUAGAGGGUCUGUGGUCACCCCUCCGCAAGUGAAGAAAAAUUUGGGUCAGGCUUCCAGGAGGAUGGAAAGAGAGGAGAGGAAGGCGCCUCGUAUAAGCCCUCCCCGGUUUGAUCGCAUUCAAAGGGAGGUUGACUUGUUCAACUGCCCCACGUGUCUAUCCGCGAGGCCCGCAGACCCAGCAGCCACCUUCUGUCCGUGCUGUGGAGCUACGCUGCCUCGGCUGCCAAUCUCCACCGUCGCGGCACCGCCCAAGUUGGAAGAGUUGGACACGUGCUUCACUUGUGGUUCGAAGUUGGCGGUGGAUGAAAAGAAGUGCCUCAUCUGUGAAGCCCCCUCAACUCAUGCCAACAAGAAUGCUGAAUCCGAAGCCCUGGAUCGGCGUCUGUGUUCCACCUGUGGCUCCCUGAACCCAGUUUACGUAAAAUCCUGUCUCACCUGUGAGUCAGCUCUGCCCCAGACUGCAGCCAGUCUCGUAAACAUUUCCGCUCUCCUCCGAAACAGCGGCAAGUCUUCCGUGCCGCAAGAGAACACGGACUCGCCAGCCAGCCGUCCGGUCGCGAAAUGCCGGAUUUGCUACCGUCAAAAUUCCUUGGGAGCGCGUUUCUGUGACUGGUGUGGCAUCCAGAAUCCUCACGAUGACGAUUGUCCAGAGCCUCUUCAAAAGGGCAUUGUUUGUCCUCAGUGUUUCUGGCAGACACUAAAUGACGCUCAUUUCUGCCCUAUUUGUGGAUUCAAUCUUGACGAACCAUCCAAGGCCUCUUCGAUGUUUAAAGGCACUCACGGGCACUCGGCAUGCAGCUCCAAAGCCCAGUCAAUCGUCGAAGCCUCCUCGAUGGAGUCGUUGACCCCUCGCACCAACAGGAACGUGGGUACUCAAACAGUUGGCCUGUUCUUCCCUAGUGCCAAUCACAUGAAGGCCGCGGCGGGCUGCAACCAAUCGCACAACUCUGCUGAGACUCCGCCGAAGACCCGGCGUCCAAUCGUUGCACCGAUCAGUCCGGGCAGAGGUUUGUGCCUGAAGAGUAUGUGGAGAAUGCAACUGGAGCACGUGGUGGCACAUUUGAGGGCCUACAUCAGAAAUAACGUGGAAUUUCAAAAGGCUAUUGGCGAUCCCCGAAUGGGAAGGAUUCUGUGCGCUGGAGUGGAGGAAGACAGGGACGAUGUGACUAUUUGCGUAACUUUUAAAAGGCAUUAUCUUAAUCCCAUGGCUUUGUCUCAAGAAAUACAAGAGUUUUCGAGGCAGGAGGAGAUUGGUGCGACGACGGAAGAAGAAGACGGCCAAGGAGCUAAUCCAUCCUGUCUUGCACCCUCGGGCGACCCAUUGAUAGUAAAGGCCGUUCAAUCGCAGCAACUCGAGUCCAUCCCCCUGCUAGUUCGUGCCGGAGCUGAUGUCAAUGCCAUCGGGACUAGAGACGGAAAUACGCCUUUGCACGAGGCUGUUCUUCUAGAAUCACAGUCAGAGCAAUUCGUCAGGACACUGCUCGAACUGGGCGCUGAUGCUAACAAGAAGAACGCCCUGGGACUGACACCUCAGGACCUGGCACUUCGGGCGAAUUCAGCAUCCGUCGCAGCUGUCAUUGCAGCUGGCGAAUGCGAAUUGGAGAGCUGCGACUUGGAGGCACCGUCUUUAAAGACCUGA